AUGGGUUGCGGUCGGUCGGGUGGGGACCGACCGUGUUUGGUGCAAGUCGGCAUCUUCGGUACUCAUCUAACACUGUUCAGAAUCUCCCCAAAGCUUCCCGAAUACCUCCCACGGACCCUAGCGCGGGUACAUGCUCAUCAGCGGACUUACCCUUGUGCUCUCGUUGAGUGGUUCUCGGCCAUUGGUGAUGAUCCCAAUGAGGACACUAGUAUGUGGAUUGUUGAACCUGACCUUGACAUCGACGGAAAUCAUGCCACCUCGGUUAUUCAUCUCGAGUCUAUUGUGAGGGCCGCACACCUCAUUCCUGUAUAUGGGGAAGAAUUCCUACCGCCGCAUGCUGUUGACCCAUCUAACCAUCAUGCACACUGGCUCGCAUUUUAG